AUAACGAAAAUGAUGGAAGCCAUAUAUAUUUCUUCGUAUUACGAAAUAAUUUCUGCAACCACCGAAAUCUCAGCCAAAAGCAGAGACCCUAAAGAUUCUGAGGCAGCUGAAACAGCGAGCAAUGGCCAUGACAAUGGCGCUUCGCAGGCUUUCCUCCUCCCUCGUCCGCAAGCCCUUGCCAAAUCUCUUCAAUGGCGGCUCCCUCUAUUACAUGUCAUCGUUGCCGAGCGAAGCUGUCUACGAGAAGGAAAAGUCUAAUGUUCCAUGGCCAAAGCAAUUGAAUGCUCCGCUUGAAGUCGUCGAUCCGGAGGUAUCUGACAUUAUCGAACUCGAGAAAGCAAGACAAUGGAAGGGACUUGAACUCAUUCCCUCGGAGAACUUCACAUCUGUCUCCGUGAUGCAAGCUGUUGGGUCUGUCAUGACUAACAAGUACAGUGAAGGAUAUCCUGGUGCGAGAUACUAUGGAGGAAAUGAGUACAUUGACAUGGCGGAAUCCUUAUGCCAGAAGCGUGCUUUGGAAGUGUUUGGGCUGGAUCCUGCAAAAUGGGGAGUCAAUGUGCAGCCUUUGUCUGGCUCUCCGUCCAACUUUCAAGUUUACACUGCAUUGUUAAAACCUCAUGAUAGGAUUAUGGCACUUGAUCUUCCUCAUGGUGGGCAUCUUUCACAUGGCUAUCAGACUGACACCAAGAAGAUAUCUGCAGUUUCUAUCUUUUUUGAGACAAUGCCGUAUAGACUGGAUGAGAGCACCGGUUAUAUUGACUAUGACCAGUUGGAGAAAAGUGCCAAGCUCUUCAGGCCAAAACUAAUAGUUGCUGGUGCUAGUGCUUAUGCACGCCUCUAUGAUUACGCACGUAUUCGCAAGGUCUGUGACAAGCAGAAAGCAGUUAUGCUGGCUGACAUGGCUCACAUUAGUGGGUUAGUUGCGGGUGGUGUCAUCCCAUCUCCAUUUGAAUAUGCAGAUGUAGUGACCACUACAACCCACAAGUCACUUCGUGGGCCAAGGGGAGCUAUGAUUUUCUUUAGAAAGGGGGUAAAAGAGAUUAAUAAGCAAGGGCAAGAGGUGUUGUAUGACUAUGAAGACAAAAUCAAUCAGGCUGUCUUUCCUGGACUUCAAGGUGGACCACACAACCACACGAUUACUGGCUUGGCAGUUGCCUUGAAACAGGCUAUGACUUCAGAAUACAAAGCCUACCAAGAGCAAGUUCUUAGUAAUUGCUCAAAGUUUGCGCAGGCAUUGAUAGAGAAGGGCUAUGAGCUUGUUUCUGGUGGAACUGAUAACCAUUUAGUUUUGGUGAACUUGAAAAACAAGGGUAUUGAUGGAUCCAGAGUUGAAAAAGUGUUGGAGUCUGUUCAUAUUGCAGCAAACAAAAACACAGUUCCUGGAGAUGUGUCUGCCAUGGUUCCUGGUGGCAUCAGGAUGGGGACCCCAGCUCUUACUUCCAGAGGAUUCAUUGAGGAGGAUUUUGUUAAGGUCGCUGAAUUUUUUGAUGCUGCUGUGAAGUUGGCUGUGAAAAUCAAGGCUGAAACCAAAGGGACGAAGCUGAAGGAAUUCUUGGCUACAAUGCAGUCUGGUGCCCACAUCCAAUCUGGGAUUGCAGAACUUCGCCAACAGGUUGAGGAAUAUGCAAAACAAUUCCCAACCAUUGGAUUUGAGAAGGAGACCAUGAAGUACAAGAACUGAGCAAGGGUUCAUACAUUGUCAGGUGAUGUUAUUUCUUGUAUCUUACUACAAAUAAGUUUUUUUUUUUUUUUUUGGAGCUUUUGUAUCUACAAACUUAAAUCAUAGGCCUUAGAUUUGUAUUUGUAUAGAUUUGGGAAGAACGAAAUACAAUUCUAUAUUGCAUUUGUCCAAAUCUGUACAAAUCUAGAUCAUCGUUGAUGUUCAUUUUUGAAAUUCUUGCCUUGCAUUUUCUGGGAGCAUGGAAUUUGCAUUAGUUUGAAUAAAAUAUAGUACAAAUUUGUAUUGAAUUUCUUGAAUAUCCACACAAGUCCAAAUUGGAUUUAUGUUCUAAUGAUUCCUAAGCACCAUUUUGUUUGUGUUCAGAUUAUGUAAUUACAGCUGAUGGAGUUCAGUGGUGGAUUAAAGUUAUUAGCAAAGCAUACACCAUCGGUGUGAAUUUUGAGCUUCAUUUACAAAAUCCACUAGAACCUCUAUUGUAAUCUUCAUGACACUGUAUAUGUAUAUUAAUUAAGGCUUUGCAGCUCAAUAAACUUGCCUUAAUUUUUGAAGCAAAUAAAAAUAUAUAAGAUUGACCUUUGUCCUUAAUUUAUGGAAAAA